AUGCCUUCCUUUUCGAAUCUCGCCGUCCUCGCGGUGGCCGUCCGAUCUACCUAUGCCGGAGUCGCAUUGGGCGUGGACCUUGGACCCAAGCUCGGCCUGGACUACAAUGUCAGCAGUUCUGCGAAAGCAACGACGACGAGCGCCCCAGCCCUGCUUUCCUAUGGAGCCGAUACCCAGACUUCGACUGCGGUUCCUGAGCUUUUGCCAUACGGAGCCUCGUCCAGCGAGGAGGCUCUUCCAACGCACUCGGUCGAGGUUCCUACGCAUUCAUUCGAGCACCCGAGCCUGCCAUCGCACUCUGUCGAGUCCCACAGCAUCAAGAAGAUCAAGAUUGCCAAGCCAACAGCGAACAAGAACGAGACCGCCCCAUCGUACUCAGUAGAAGUGCCCGCGCUUUCGAUACCUCUGGGCACCGGCGUCCCAACCCAUAGUGCUGCUUCCCAAGGCUUCGAGCUGCCCGCACCAAGCCAGAACGGAUCCAAGGAAGAACUUCACCUGCCAACCCUCAGCCUGGCGCUUCACAACGAAUCACUCCCAACUCAGAGCGUGCCUCUGGUGACCGCUCCUUCAGCCGGCUUUCCAACCAAGAUCCCUGAACUCAACAUCACGACUCCAGCAUUGAGCCUGCCUACGGAAGUUCCCUUGAACAUCUCUACCCCUACCUUGAGCGAGAUUCCUGCGUUGAACAUCUCGACCCCUACCUUGAGCGAGAUCCCUGUGUUGAAUAUUUCGACCCCGGCCUUCAGCGUCCCAAGCCAGGUACCAACUGUCUCUGUUGGCACACUCGAGAUCCACAACGUAUCCGUCCCCACUGCCGGUAUCCCGUCUGUUGGAACUGUCGCAGUACCCACCAUUGGCACGAUUCACGUCCCGUCCGUCAACACUAACCUGAGCUCUGUCACUGUUCCAAACUUGGAUACCACCAUUACGCUCCCCACGAUAACCGUGGCCACCGACCUCAACCAGACUUUGCCAACUGGUAUCCUCGGCAACAACGCUGCGACCACCACCUCCGAGGCUUCUGCUUCGACAACCACUGCUAGCACUGCUGAGGUGGCCAAGAACAAUGGUACGAGUGUUCUGUCGCAGCAGACCGGCACCGCAACCGGCAGCACCGCUUCAGUCGACACCGGAAUUCCACCAAACUCUGGGUCCGUUGCUGUCAACACUGGCGCUUCGAGCACCCCUGCUUCUGCCAGCAGUGUUACGUCUGCCGCUGGUACGGCAGGCACUUUCGUUGCUCAGGUCAACUCGACUGCUGUUGCGACCAGCACCGAGGUUGUCAGCGCAUCGACUGCGGCUGCUGAUUCGACUAGCUCAUCUGCUUCUGCAUCGAGCACUCCCCUCUGCCCCAACAUGAACGGCGAGACUUACACCAGCAAGACGGGCGAGAAGUUCAACGUGAAGUGCAAUCAGGGCUACUCCGGAACCGUCAUUUCUCACCCAGGAAAGGAGCGCAUCAGCGACAACAACACUCCUCAGGGGUGCAUCAAGAAGUGCGAGGCCAACUGCCUUUGCAUUGCCAUCAACUUCAGCGAGAACGGCGGAUGCGACCUGCUCAGCGAGAUCCACGACACCUUCGACCGGGCUGGCGCGACCAGCUGCGAGCGCAUGACGACCCCUGAGAACUGCAACAGCCAGAGCACCAGCGCAUCUUCCACUUCUACGUUUGCUCCUUUCAAUGUCUCAAACAACACGACCGCCACCGCUCCCGCAUUUGGAACCGCUAGUGCCGAUACCAGCAGCGUCGUUGCAACCGAGAGUGUUUCCGUUACGACAACCGAAUCGAUUGAGGCUUCUUCUUCUGCUUCUGCUUCGUCCGAGUCGUUUGCCGCGUCUACCACCCCAGCAUCAUCUUCUUCAGCCGGCAACAAGGCCUGCAAGGCCACCAUCAGCGGCAAGGUCGUGCUCACGACUUGCGAAGCCCAGGCCUCCACUUCUGCAUCUGGCAGUGCUAGUGUUGAGACGACCGGCUCUGUCCCAGCGUCAACUACCUCUGCUUCUGGCAGCGUUGCUAUUGAAUCUUCAAGCAGCGCUCCAGCAACGACGUCUUCUGCCGGCGGCAACAAGGCCUGCAAAUCGACUGUCAGCGGCAAGGUUGUUCUCACGACUUGUGAAGCUCAGGCGACUACUUCUGCAUCCGAGAAGACCGAAUCGACCACCACCGUUUACGAUGUGACCACUGAAUACUACACCACCUGCCCAGGACAGGUCAACACCAUCACAUACGGAAAGCAGACUUUCACUCACACCCACUCGACCGUGUCGACCAUUACAAGCACCUACAAGACUACGGAGACCGUCCCAGCCACGAAGCCUUACUCUGCCCCUGAGACCGAAUCCUCGUCGAUCUGGACGUCUGCUAGCAGCUGGUCUUCCGCUUCUUCGCCUGCCACUACUCCUUACAGUGCCCCUGAGACUGAAUCCACCCCAGCUACCACUCCGUACACCGCCCCAGAGAGCGAGUCCACUUCAGCAACCACUCCGUAUACCGCCCCAGAAAGCGAGUCCACUCCAGCAACCACUCCUUACACCGCUCCUGAGACCGAAUCAGCAUCUACUCCUGUCUACCCAGCAAGCAGUGGAUCUGCCAGCUCUGGAUACGAGUCCAAGAGCUACGAGACUCCAGCACAGAGCUACCCAGCUGAGACAAAGCCCGUUGAGUCUGCAUCUUCGGCGUAUGAGACUCCCGCCCAGAGCUACCCAGCUAAGGAGACCUCUGCAGUCGAGUCGAAGCCUCCUAUGUACCCAGAAGCCACCAAGCCCGCUCAGAGCCCUGAGCAGACCCAGCCCGCUGUGUACCCAGCCAAGUCCUCGCCCGUCGAGAACAGCCCAGUCUCCAGCUCCGCCGUUGAGGUUCCCGAGUCGUCUGCACCAACCUACCCAUCGCCAAUCUUCUACAACAGCCCCACCCAGAGCAUGCCACCUCAGGAGUACCCUUCGGAGAGCAAGCCCGCUGAAUACCCAGCCAAGUCUGCUCCCUCCGAGAGUGCACCAGCUCAAUCUGCACCUGGCUACGGCUCUUCCGCUGCACCUUCCGCCCCGGCUUACAUUCAACCUGCUGCAGGCCCCAGCUCAUACGAGCAGGCUCCAUCUGCACCAGCCUCGUACUCACCUGAGCAAUCUGCUCCCGCGCAAGGCCCGUCCGGCAACGCCCCCGCUCCAGCUUCGUCUGCUGUCUCUUCCGCCCCAGCUACCUCCCCAAGCGGCUACGAGAACAGCCCCGUCGGCGGAUCUCCCUCGGCCUCGUACGGCGGCGCUAAGCCCUCCAACAGCAGCAGCAGCGUCAAGGUCGUCACCGUCGUCCCGAUCCCCGCCACUCAGACCGUGGUGCCUAUCCCAGCUUCCUCCGCAGGCUACGGCUCUGGCAAGGGGCCAAUGGGCACCGCACCCAUUGGCUCCGCCCCUGUCGGCACCGCGACCGUCGUCCCUGUGCCUGCCAACAACGGCACGUGGACCAGGCCCGGCUCUUCCGAGUCGCCUUCCUCGUCGCCGAAGGGCUACACCGGUGCUGCGAGCGUCAACACCUUCAGCUUCGGCGUGAUGGCCAUCGCUGGUCUGGCUGCCGUGCUUGUUCUGUAA